AAUACAGGGAGUGAGUAGUGAAAAGAAAAAAGUUCUCUUUCUCUAGGGUUAGGGUUUAAGCGUUCUAAAACAUAAAACUGAGCUAGAGCCGAAGCCGAAACCGAUUAUUGACAAUAGAGCAAUCGGAAUGUCGAAGAAGAACAAUUUAGCUCGCAGAAAGAGACAGCAUGAGUUCGAGCUUCAAAAAGAGAAGGAACUGAAAGAAAAGAAAGAGAAGAAGCUCCAAGCAAAGAAGAAUAAGAUGAAAGUUGACGGGAAGAACAAUACAAAGAAGGGUUCAAGUGGAUUUUCGCUAAGGAAGAAAAAGGUGAAGACCAAAUUGACUGCAAUGACAAAAGCCAAAGCUGCCCAGGCAAUGGAGGUUGACAAAUGAAGUUCAAAUUUUAAUGUCUUAGGUUUAUGUUAUUAUGCUGCAGGAAGGGCCAUUAGUUCUUUUGCUAUCGUGGAGGAUUCCCCAGAUUUAGCAUAGAAUUGCAUUUCUGUCAUGUGCACACUCGGCAAAGCUGCCACUCAACUGAGCUCUUACAUGGCAAAUGGGCGGUGCUAGGCCCAGGAAGAUUACAGAGGUGGUGCGGCCGAAGAAGGUUCGCAUCUGCUAUGAAACCCAUCUUUUUCCGAGUUUGUCACUUUCAUCCACUUGGUGACAAGCUCCCAUAGCUGUGGCGCACAUUUAUUAUCCUAUAUGCAAUUGGCAGAUUAUAUUACUGGGACCAUUCUGUAUCCGAAUCCCAUAUCCUAGUAACCAAUUAAUUAUGCAUAUGUUUUCAUUAAAAUAUUUAUUUUAUCA